GAGCAAAGCGAGCAGAAUCCAGUGAGUCAACCCGCUUCAUCGUUCACUCUCACACACACACACACACACACACACACUCACACUCACACACACACGCUGAAGGAGAAGGACAGAUCCUGUUCGUACCACAGCUGGAGCAGAGGAGCGGAGUUACAGCCAGCGGGAACUUCUUUCCAACUCGGGGACACUUUAAACUUUAUUAAUGUGAGACACCGACAGAGAAAAGGUCGCUAAUGGAGUAUGUUGGCUUUUCCGUGCUGUGGUGGGUCGCUGUCUUCAUGCCUACGCUCGCGCAGGAGAGGAACGCAGUCGGUGGGAUGGUCCCCGGAAGAUAUAAAAUAAACAAUCUGUGUAAGUUCUGCGAUGUACAGAUCUCCACCUGUGAUGGUUCUAAUGAAUGCCAGGCCAACUGCAGCAUUACCUCUAUCUGUGAACAAAACGAUGAAAUCUGCGUGGCAAUCUGGAGAAAGAACGAGGAGAACACCACAAUCGAGACGGUGUGUCACUCUCCAACACAACCGCUGUAUGGCAUGUUUCUGAAGGACUACAACAGCAGCAUAUGUGAGAUGAAGCAACAAAAGACAAACAAUGGGCUGCUCUUCAUCUGUUCUUGUAAUGAGGAAGAGUGCAACGAAAAAUUGUUCUUUCCUGACAGCACCACAGACCAUGAGAUGAAUUUAGUAAUCUUGGUCAGCCUGCUGCCUCUGGUGGUGCUGGCUAUUGUAGUCAUUGGUUCCUUCUACUGGUACCGCAUCUACCGGCGUCGCAAGCUCAGCGAGUGGGAGACCAAGAAGCCUUCUAAACGCAAGGGCCCGUUAGACUGCAGCGAUGCAUGUGCCAUCAUGAUGGAUGACGAUCGCUCAGACAGCAGCUCCACACAUGCCAACAGCCUCAACCAUAACACAGAGCCACUGCCCAUCGAGCUGGACAUGCAGGUGGGCAAGGGUCGUUUCGCAGAGGUCUACCGGGCCAAGCUGAGGCAGAGCUCCUCGCAGCAGUUCGAGACGGUAGCUGUGAAGAUCUUCCCGUGUGAAGAAUAUGCCUCCUGGAAAAACGAGAAAGACGUCUUCUCUGACAUUGACCUGAAGCAUGAGAACGUGCUGCACUUCCUCACCGCCGAAGAAAGGAAGGUUGAGCGGCAGUUCUGGUUAAUCACCGCCUACCAUCCACGUGGGAAUCUGCAGGACUACCUCACUCGGCAUCUGAUAAGCUGGGAGGACCUGCGGAGGCUUGGGGGUUCACUGGCUCGAGGCAUUGCUCAUCUGCACAGUGAUCGCACGCCAUGUGGAAGACCCAAAGUGCCCAUCGUCCAUCGAGACAUCAAGAGCUCCAACAUCCUGGUAAAGAACGACCUCACGUGUUGCCUGUGUGACUUCGGCCUGGCUUUACGACUGGACAAUUCCUUGUCUGUGGACGACCUGGCCAACAGUGGACAGGUUGGAACAGCGAGGUACAUGGCUCCAGAGGUGCUCGAGUCCAGAAUCAAUCUGGAGAACAUUGAGUCCUUUAAACAGACUGAUGUCUACUCCAUGGCUCUUGUGCUGUGGGAGAUCACUUCCAGGUGUAAUGCCAUUGGAGAGGUAAAAGAUUAUGAACCUCCAUUUGGCUCUAAAGUGCGAGAGCACCCCUGUGUGGAGAGCAUGAAAGACAACGUGCUCCGAGACCGGGGCCGGCCUGAGAUCCCGAGCAGCUGGACAAAACACCCGGGAGUGGCUUUGGUGUGCGCCACCAUCAACGAAUGCUGGGACCAAGACCCUGAGGCUCGUCUCACGGCGCAGUGUGUGGCCGAGCGCUUCAGGGAGAUGAACGAUGAUCUGGAUAAGCUAUCCACCUGCAGCAGCUCUGAGGAGAAGAUUCCAGAGGACUGCUCUGUGAGCGUCAGUGAUGACAAGUGAAAGAGUGGGAGAAUAAGCUAGAGCCCAUUUAUUCAUCACUCUGGCCUGGGAGAGUGUUAUCUGUGCUCACAUUUUGUGAUCGGCAAAAGAAGAACAGCUCCCUCCAAACAAUGGAAACUGGAAUACAUUCAGUAUGAUAUAAACAAUGUGUGCUUGUGUGUGCGGGUGUGUAUCCGGGGCCUCGGGACACGGGCCACAGGGAAAUGAAGUAGCUUUAAGCUUUAGAAGUGUCUCGUAACCAAAGAGUUAAUGCACUUUAUCAGAAUGUCUAUGCAUAUGUAACAGUAAAGAAGCACUGGUGGCUUUAUUGCAAGAGGACGUGGCUGGUGCUUCACUCCUCACAGCUCACCGCAGCUUAAACAUUACCUAAGCAGGUAUCAAUAAGAGAAUCUAUGACAUGUACAGUUUAAUUUAGCACUGUUUGUGUUCAUAAAAAGGUGUGUGUGUGUGUGUGUAUGGAUGUGUAAGAGCAGGUUUGAUUAUAUGUGCAUAAAUGAAUGUGGUGUGUUUGGUAUAGCUUUAUCAGAGAUUUUUUUUUAUUUUACUCAUUUGCUAAUGAAAUAAAGCACAGUGUAAAUAUAUGUAUUGAAUGAAAAAUCAUAUUACAGCAUUGGAAAGGUGAAAAAAGGAAAAGGACUCUGCUCUGGUGCCAAAAAGUAUUUUAAUAAAGCAUUUCCAAAGCUGUAGCUUUAUAAAUAAUCAGGAAAACACUUCAAUGUGCAUUUCUUUUUGUUUUUAUAAGCAAUAUAUUUGUAAAUCUUUUAUGAUAAAAUAAAUUUGUUUACAGUGUA